AUGGGAAUGGUGAAGAAGAAAACCCAAAAUGCAGGAAAGAAACAGGGUGGAAUUAUCACCAUGCCAUUCAUAUUCGCAAACGAAAUAUGCGAGAAAUUGGCUGUGGUUGGUUUCAGUACAAAUAUGCUAAGCUACUUAACAGGUGAGCUUCAUCUGCCUUUGACUAAGGCAGCCAAUACUCUUACAAAUUUCGGAGGAACUGCGGCCAUGACGCCUUUACUCGGAGCAUUUAUUGCGGAUGCCUUUGCCGGAAGAUUUUGGACGAUAACAAUUGCCUCGAUUAUAUACCAAAUAGGCAUGAUCAGCCUCACACUCUCAGCCACACUCCCCAAUCUCAGGCCACCCCAUUGCACCUCAACCGACCAACUCUGCAAACAAGCCGACUCAGGCCAGCUGUCAAUCCUCUACAUUUCCCUCCUCCUCACGGCCCUCGGUUCCGGCGGCAUCCGACCCUGCGUCGUCUCCUUCGGAGCAGACCAAUUUGACGAAAACGACCCUGCACAGAAAACCACCACCUGGAAAUUCUUCAACUGGUACUACUUCUGCAUGGGAGCUUCAAUACUCGUGGCCAACACUGUUAUUGUCUACAUUCAGGACAAUGUUGGCUGGGGUUGGGGCCUCGGAGUGCCAGCUGUCGCCAUGUUUUUCUCGGUUGUGGCUUUUGUGUUUGGGUACCCUCUUUACCGGAAGCUGGAUCCAGCUGGCAGCCCCUUCACGCGGCUGGCUCAGGUCUGUGUGGCAGCCUUCAGGAAAAGGAAGUUGGAUUAUGGGGCAAUCGAGCUUUACGAGAAUGAUGAACUUGAUGCCGGGAUUUCAGUUGGUGGGAAGCUCGUGCAUACGGAGAGUAUGAAGUUUCUGGACAAGGCGGCCGUGGUGACCCGAUCCGAUGACCCGAAAUCGCCCAACCCGUGGAGGCUGGCUACUGUCCACCGCGUGGAGGAGCUCAAAUCCCUGAUCCGGAUGGGUCCGAUCUGGGCGGCGGGGAUCCUCCUCAUCACGGCGGCGGCCCAGCAGGGAACCUUCUCCCUCCAGCAGGCGAAAUCCAUGGACCGACACCUCCCAGCCUCCGGAUUCCAGAUCCCGGCGGCCUCCAUGAGCGUUUUCACCCAGAUCUCGAUGCUCUGCACCAUCGUCUUCUACGACCGCGCGUUCGUGCCCCUGGCGCGUCGGAUCACCGGCCUCGAGCGCGGCGUGUCCUUCCUCACGCGCAUGGGGAUCGGGUUCGGGAUCUCGGUCCUCGCCACAUUUGUCGCCGGGUUCGUCGAGAUCCGCCGCAAGGGGGUCGCGUCGGCGCACGGGCUGCUGGACCGGCCGCACGCGGCGAUCCCGAUUUCGGUCCUGUGGCUGGCGCCGCAGUACUGCCUCCACGGGAUGGCGGAGGCGUUCAUGUCGAUCGGGCACCUCGAGUUCUUCUACGACCAGGCGCCGGAGAGCAUGAGGAGCACGGCGACGGCGCUUUUCUGGCUGUCGAUCUCGGCGGGGAGCUACACGAGCACGCUUCUGGUGACGCUGGUGCACAAGUUCACGGCGGGGUCCGGUGGAUCCAACUGGCUGCCGGACGGGAACUUGAACAGGGGGAGGCUGGAGUAUUUCUACUGGCUCAUUACGCUCCUGCAGCUCGUGAACCUGGUGUAUUAUCUGCUGUGCGCCAAGUUUUACACUCUGAAGCCGGUUCAGAUUCGUAAACCGGCGGGUGGGAUGGAAAAAAGAAACGAUGGGUUCGAGCUGACCGGCGCGGGUCGUAACAAGGAUACAGACUUUCGCCCAAUUUCAUUUGCCCCAAGGGUAGACCGAAAAAAUCGCCACCAAGUUAAAACCAUGGCCCUCAAAUUCUACUCGCUUUUCUCAAGGACUGAAAGAUCUUACGGUGGAAAAAGCAGAGAAAUUCCGGCGACGAGAUCGAGGGUUUCGAUGAAUGACGAUGAAGACGACGUUUUCGAGGACAGUAGCGUGGGGCUAACGCCUCUGUCGGCUGUGGCUGAUGCUUUUGAAGAGCUUUCUGCGUUGUUGAAGGAUAAGGGAUUCGAUUACGAUCUGGAUUUGAAAACGUUCUGUGAUGCGUGCUCGCUCGUCUCAAUCCUCUUUGGUUGUUUGGGAAUCGCUUUCAAAUUUGCAGAAUUGGAGUAUGUUUCUAAGGUCAAUGAUCUAGCGGAUGCAUCGGAUAGCUAUGGGACGUUAAAUAACAUACUUGAUUUGGAUAAGCAUAAUGACACAGUGAAGACACAAGGAAGCCUCUCACGGAAUUUGCGAAGAGUCAGGCAAGGCCUUGAUCUCAUCAGAGCAAUAUUCCAAAACUUUUUGUCUACAGAUGACUAUUACCUGAAAGAAGCUGCUUCAACUGCCUACACAAAAACUUGCGCACCAUACCACACGUGGGCAGUGAGGACAGCAGUUUAUGCUGGCAUGUAUGCUCUGCCAACUAGGGAUCAACUACUUGUCAAGCUAAAUGAAACUGAUGAGUCGGCCAAGAGAGAAAUGGUUAGGUACAUCAAUGCCUCACUUCCAUUCAAGGAAUAUCAGCUUGGACUGGUGAGUUCUUUUCCUUCAUUUGAUUUGUUGGAUGGCGUCAAGACUUGGAACCCCUCAACCAUUCUAUGCUUGGAAAUAUGA